GCAUGGCCGGCAGCGGCGAUGUCGCGGUACACGUCGAACAUCUGGCGCGCCGCCUGAUGCAGAAACAGGAGGGCGUGGCGGCGGAGGAGCAGCACCGGACCAUGGUGAGCAGACACCGGGUGUCCCGUGUCCCCGCCCGUCACCGUGACAACAACGCCGACGCCUACACGCCGUGGUUCGUUGCCAUUGGCCCGCUCCACGCCCGUGAUGACCGGCGCCUCCGUCCCGCCGAGCGGCUCAAGGUGGCCUACCUCAACGGCCUCAUCUCCCGUGGUCACCCGGACCCGAGGCACCACCUCGCCGUCAUCCAGAAGUACGUUCACGUCGUCGCCGCCCGCGAGCAGGAGGCCCGGGCCAUGUACGCCAGCGAGGAGGUCGUCGACAUUGCCUCUGAUGACUUCAUCCUGAUGAUGGUGCUGGACGGCUGCUUCAUCAUCGAGCACCUCGUCAACGUCGCAACCGGCAUCGAGGAGCCGUCGUUGUACGCCAUGCCCUUCGGAACCCGGCAGCUCUCCGUCGACCUCAUCCUCGCCGAGAACCAGAUGCCUUUCUUCGUCCUCGUCGACCUCAUCUCAAGCACCAUACUGCCGGAGUUUGGGGCCACCGGCUACACCCCGUCUGUGCUGCUCGUGAAGCUCGUGCUGUACUACUUGGCCGGCGAGAAGGGCCGCGACAUGAGCGAGGCGCUGCCGCCGGCCGACGGGAUCUCCCACGUUCUGGACCUGCUCCACGCGAUGAUCACCGAGGCGCGGACACGGUGGGAGCCGCCGCCGCGCGCCAUCCAGGACGGUGGCAGGACGCAGGCGGCAUGGCGGCUGGCUCGCCGUCUCCUGUCGCUGGUCUUGGCGCCGCUGCUGCACUGGAUUGUGCACGAUGGCCGCAGGAGGCCCCUGCGGGGGGAGCAUGUGCCGUCGGCAAGCGACAUGAAGCGGAUGCGGGUGGAGUUGAAGAAGGCGCGCGGAUCGGGGGGCAAGGCGGUAUGCGGCAUCGCCUCGGUGAUGGGCCCGGUCCCUCUGGUGGUGAACCUAGUGCACGGGGGGGACCAUCUGCUGCUGCCGCAGUUGCGGCUCGAGUUCCGCACGGCGCCGCUGCUGCUGAACCUGUUGGCGUUCGAGCAGUCGUCGUCCGCGUCGAUGAGGACGCCGACGGAGGUGUCGGCGUACGUGUCUUUCAUGGCGAAGAUGGUGCAGACAGCGGAGGACGCGCGCUUGCUGUUGGCGGAGGAGGUGCUGCAGCAGGACGGCAGCGCCGGCAACCAGAGCAUAGAGGAGGUGGUGAGGUUCUUCCGGAUGGUUGGCGCCGCGAGCGAGUCGGCGGCCGGCGCCGAGGUGCUGGAGACGAGCUACCUGUGCGUGCUGGUGGAGAAGCUGAGGGAGCGGAGCCGUAGCUGGGCCUACGUGGAUCGCAACUACUACACCUUCCUCGCCGAGUUCGUGGCCUUGGUCACCUUCGUCUCCAGUGUCUCGACCAUACUCCAGACUUACGCAGCCUUCAAGUACCACUGAUCAUCUUCUGGGCCUUCCUGUAAACUAUGAACUGCAUGCCCAUGUAGCCCAUAGAAGUAGGACCAUGUCAGUGGAAAAAACAUCUAUGAAACUGUGUUGAUUUAUGGA